AUGGAUCCCACGCUAAACAAUCUCUUCUUACCAGAGGUUGAUGCAGCUGUCUAUGAACCGUUUCUAUCGUCGCUAGAUAUGGACCAAGAUGAGUCCCAGGACCAGUCUCUCGCUUCCACCACCUCCCCGAGCCACGACGCUGCUGCCGCUACUUCGUUCAUAGACCACGUUUUUACUGCUCCCAACCUUUUGGAUGGCACCUUCGCCAUGCCUCCUUUGGACACCCCCUUCUUUGACCCUUUAUUUGAUCUUGACCAAGGAGCAAACAAUGCAAACGGUUUCCAGUUGGGCGCAAUUCCGCAGCCUGGUAGCAGUGGCAUGCCGCACACACCAAGCACAGCCUUGAACCUACCAACCCAACCUAAUCAACUAGAAUCCAAGGGCGCUAUUAUCGACGAAUUCUUCAUCAAGAAUGGCGCAUAUAGACCGCCUUUUCCCUGUGUGCAAUGCAAAAGGCAGAGAUUGCAAUGUUUAAUUCUUCAGACGACAUCAGCCAAUCCGAAUCCAGUUACCUCAUGCUCAAGCUGCGUUGCUUUAUACAGGGACUGCAGCUUGGCGGAGAAAGCAAAGCGUCAGGCCUCAAGUUUUGAAACUACAAAACCGGUCAUUGGGCAUCUUCAUGGCGUAAACGAGGAGUCGAAUCUGGGGACCUUUGUCGAAGAGCCGACGCUGGGCCAGUCCGCUGCUGCGCCAAGCGCGCCAAUUAAUGUCGUUUCCAAACGAUCCAGCACACGAUCUGCCAAAAAGACACGACCGCUGUCAAAUUGGUUUGCCAGUCACCUAGAUCACCCCUAUCCGUCAGAAGAUGAGAAGAGCGAGCUUGCCGAGGCAUGUGGACUUACCAAGACGCAGGUAGUCAACUGGUUUGCAAACGCACGGCGACGACACCGCAUGUCCGCGCAGUCACUUUUCAACAGCGCUCAGGUGUUCCGCCAAGGAUCGCCAAUGCCCACAGCUCUAUUCCCUCAAAAUAUGUCCCCCAUUGACCGCUGGCGCAACUCACCACCCAGCGACGAACCGACCAGCGCCACAGCGAUCCAGUCUGCGGCCCGGGCUAGCACCUCACCGCAUGUAAAUACGGAGGAAAUAGGAGGCAAAUUUGCACCAAGAGAUGGCUCCGUAUCGUCUCUUAGUGAUGAUGGCUUCAUGUACCCAGGCUAUCCAGGGCAAAGUCAAAACGAGAGGACGUCCAUAUCCGGCUCAUCCGCACAUUCCCAGCAGUCCUCCGAAAUGCAUUUUAACCUUUCCAACCCUGGAUCCUUUGAUGAAGGCGCUCCAGAAAUGGCCAAUGCACGUACAAAAUCCGACUUUACAGGUCCAGUUGUAUUUCGGUGUACCUUUUGUUGGCAGCGCUUCCGCAAACGCUACGACUGGGUUCGCCACGAGCGUUCUGUGCAUGUGCCAGGACUUGAUACAUAUGUCUGUGGGAUUCCUUUGAGCCCAAACCAAUCAUUUUUGCUCUGGCGACCUGGACAGACUUCGCCGGAAUGUAUAUUUUGCGGCGACGCUAAUCCAACCCACGAACAUAUUCAAUCACACGAAUGGAACUCUUGCGCGGAACGAUCAGAUGGCGAGCGCACGUUUGCUAGAAAAGACCACGUUUGGCAACACCUGAUGAAGUUCCACCACUGCAAGAAAUGGCCAGGCUGGCAGCCAGAUCUAAGCAUUCUACAACACCGACAUGAAGUGAUUCACAGCCAAUGCGGCUUUUGCCAGGUGAAAAUGACAACGUGGGAUGAGCGUGCUCAGCACCUCACAGCCCACUUCCGACGCGGAGCCAUUGAGGAAGAUUGGAUUUAUGAUGGCAAGAUGAAGCUGCCGGAUGGAACGACUGUAAUGCCUCUGAUGAGAUCGGAUUAA